AUAUCUUCUUUGCAAAAACGUCUGUGCAAAUCCUCUGCCUAUUUUUAAUCAGAUUUUUGGGGUUUUUUUUGCUGUUUAGUUGUAGGAGUUAUUUUUAUAUUUUUAAUAUAUUAUACCUAAUCAGAUGUAUGAUCUGCAAGUAUUUUUUCCCAUUCCAGUAGGUUGCUUUUGUAUGCUGAUUAUUGUGUCUUGAUGCACAACAUUUUUAUGUUCAAUAUAGUCCCAUUUGUCUAGUUUUGUUUUGGUUUCCUGUUCUUUUGUUGUCAUAUCUAAGAAAAAAUUGCUAAAUUAAACAUCAUAAGCUUUUCCCCUGUGUUCUGUUUUAGAGUUUUAUAGUUUGGGAUCUUUAGGUUUAGGAACUUAAUCCAUUUUCAAUUAAUUUGGGGGUAUUUUAUAAGAUUAGAGGCCACCCUCUUUCUUUUGCAUGUGAGUAUCCAGUUUUUCCCAACACUAUUUUUGAAGAAACUGUUGUUUCUUCUUUCAGUGGUCUUGGUAUCCUUAUCAAAGAUCAUUUGGCAAUAUACACAAGGGUAUUGAAAGCUGUACAUUGAAGAGUACACUAUGGAGGGUCCUUAAAAAAUUAAAGGUAGAACUACCAUAUGAUCUAGCAAUCCCACUGCUGUCACCCUUGUCUGUCAUCACCUUCACCCCCAUCCCCUUGUAGAGGUAAUUACUAGUAUUAGUUUUUGAAUUUUAUGUUUUGUUUUGUGGGGAUGAGGGAGGUUAGAUAAUCUAUGUACAUGGUUCAUAUAACAAUAAAGCACACACCUUUCUUGCACCCUGGCCAUUCUUGGCGGCUGCUCUUGGUUGGAGGCUUCCUGCUCCUAAGAUGGAAAGAUGGUGGCCACAAAGAAGAUGUAAAAGUCACUGGAGUCAAUCAACGCUAUGCUCCAAUUGGUUAUGAAAAGUGGAAUGUAUGUAGUUGGGUACAAGCCUACUCUGAAAAUGUUCAGACAAGGCAAAGCAAAACUGGUCAUCCUUGCCAGCAAUUGCCCAGCCUUGAGGAAAUCUGAAAUAGAGUACUAUGCUAUGUUGGCCAAAACUGGUGUCCAUUACUGCAGUGGUAAUAAUAUUGAAUUGGGCACAGCAUGUGGAAAUUACCACAGAGUAUGUACACUGACUGUUAUUGAUCCAGGUGACUGAUAUCAUUGGAAGCAUGCCAGAACAGACUGGUGAAAAAUAAAUUGUGUACAAUUUUUCUUUACCUGGCUGGAGAUUUUUUUUUUUUUUUUUAAUACAGUGUACAAAGCUAUCCAUUGAAAAAAUGUUUCCACAUCUGCCCUCUAUUUCCCUCCUCCUUAGGUAUGCCCUCCUCUGUAGGUUACUGGUUUUGUUAGUUCUUUUUACAGUUUUCCAAUGUAUUUAAUCUAUAAUGUUAUCCUUCCGCUUUCUUAGCUGAUAUACUCUAUACUCUGUUCAGUACCAUUUCCCUACCUCAAGUUGGCAAUAUUUCCUAAAGCUCUUUUCAUAGCAUGAGCUUUCCUAUGCUUUUUUUAUAGAUGAAGAAUAUUCCAUUGUGUAAUUUUACUAUUUUUAAUCAGUGCCAACCAAUGAACUCUUUUGCAGUUGUUAAAAACAAUGUUACAGUGAAAAACUUGGAAUAUGUUAUUUCAUAAUUAGUCAAGUGUGUUUGUAGAAUGAGAUUUCAUUAUUGCUGUCUGUAGUGAAGUAAAGUCGUUCAGUCGUGUCUGACUCUGUGCAACCCAUGGACUGUAGCAUGCAUCCGGGUUUCUCUGUCCAUGGAAUUCUCCAGGCAAGAAUACUGGAGUGGAUUGCCAUUUCCUUCUCCAGGGGAUCUUCCUGACCCAGGGAUCGAACCCGCGUCUCGCGCAUUUCAGGCAGACGCUUUACUGUCUGAGCCACCAGGGAAGCUGUCUGUAGAGCCUGUACUAAUUUAUGUUCCUACCAGCAGUAUGAAAUAGUACCCUGGUUCAUAGUAGGGAUUUAUUUUGUUUUUCUAUUUGUUUUUAGUUUUGGUCUUUAUGGUUUUGUAGCUUGAGGCCAGAGAAGAAAUGUUCAUAUAUCAUUUUGAUUUACAGUAGUGGUAAUAUUAGAGCAUUUGACAAUAGAAGCUAAGCAGCUGAGACAACUACUGACUUGUAUAAAGAAUAUAAAAUAACAAAUAGUUAGCCCUAACCAUUUUCUUGCCUUUCUUCCUACAGAGUUCCUUUGAACAUAUUUCUACCCAAACAUGUUUUCAGUUGCUUUUGGUGCCUAGAAAUUUGAAUAUGCAUAUAGGAAUCAUUAAAUUUAGAACUGCUACUGUCAGUCAUGCCAGGCUUAUGUUAUUUCAAUGUUUUAGAAACAUAUUGCAAGAUUUUAUUCAUUCAUUAAAGGUAUUGUUAGGAAACCAUAUUAUUUUAAAUAUAUAUAUAUAUUGGAGAAAUGGCUUGCUGUAUUGUUAUUGUCUAGCACUGAUAACUUACAGUGAAUGAUGUCAGAUUUGUGAUUUCUGAAGAAGAUUUAGCUUCAGGACCAGGGCCCAGGCUUGAUCACUCAAGAGCUUUUAUGUAGCAGUUUAUUAAAAUACAAAAAGGGACAGAGAAAGCUUCUGACAUAGACAUGAGAAGGGGGACAGAGAGUGGCCCACUAACUAGUCUUAUCAAGGCCUUAUGUACUUUCACAGACCCACUCCCAUAGCAUACAUCUUAAGUUAACAAGAUUAGAACUAACAAUAGGACCCACUCCCACAAUAUACAUUUUAAGAUAACAGGAUUAGUCAGAAGGUUCUUCUGAAGGAGAAACAAGUCCUCCAGCAGGAUACAUUGUUACGUAGUUUCAGUUCAGUUCAGUCCCUCAGUCCUGUCCCACUCUUUGCCACCCUAGGGAUUGCAGCACGCCAGGCCUCCCUGUCCAUCACCCAACUCCCGGAGUCCAC